CAACUGCUGCGGUUCAGCGGACAGGCGACGCUGGAUUUUCGAACGCCAGACAUUGCCGAAAUUUGCGAGUGCCCACAAAGCAUCGUUCUCCGAACUCCGAACUCCAAACUCCAAACGCCAAGCAGCGAGCUCCACAAACGCAGAAACUGAACGAACAAACCAAUUCCGUACCCACAUCCAGAUACUUUAUUUAAAAACAUAAAUAUUAUAUAUUUUGUUUUGCGGCCCCACGCGAGUGUUGCUUUUAUUUUUUGAGUGCUUGUGCGGGUGUAGCGCACUUUUUGGCUUUUUUAGCCGGAGUUCAAUGUGUGUGAAAAAUCCGAAACAGAAAGUGCAGCCCUCCAACUAAAAACACGUGCCAGUUUCUCGGUACCCGAGCCAGAGAGUCCAAGGCUCUCCAGACCCUCACUCCGGCGGCUGUGGAGCAGAGUAAUUGAUAAUAUUGAAGGCUGCCAGGACAUUGCCAAGUGAAAUCCAUUACUCGGUGGAUGCCACGUGACCGCUGAGAGCUAUUGGUCCUCCCAUUGGAUGCCUGUUUCAACCUAAAAGGAUAUGGCAACUGGAAGGCACACAGGCGAAUGCGACACGCUGAUUGAGACCGGCUGAAAGAGACGGCGAACGCAAACAGAAAGAGAAGGAGACGAAGUGAGGGACAGAGACAGCGAGAUAGAGUGACAAGGAAUUGCGAGGAAAAUGUGCAGAGGCAGCGAUUCAAGAACGACAGCGACGCUGGUAAACUUAUUAGCGAAAUGCACGAAGUCAACAAACGAACAGGCGACAGCAGUCCUCGAAAAGGAAAAGGAAUCGGAAAAUCGGAAUCGGGGGAACCCCGUGCCGCAAAAACAACGAGCUAAACGUCAAAACAAGCAGCAGCCACAGCUGCAGCAGCAACACCAGCAACUGCAGCAGCAACAGCAACAGCAACAGCAACAGCAACUGCUGCAGCAGCAACAACAGCAGGGGGAACAACAUCAGGAGCAGCAUAAUCAGCGCCAGCAACAAGGACAUCAAAUAGAGCAAAUGGCCAUGGGGACAAAUGAACAGGCGGCUGCCAAGGAGCACGAACAGCAGACCAAAUUGACAGACACCAAAUGCAAAGGCAAACACAAACAGCAACAGCAACAGCAGCAACAGCAACAGCAGCAACAGCAACUGAAACAGCAAUUGCAACAGCAACAGCAACGAAAUCGCAAUAAUGUUGCCGGCGUGCAGCAGCAUGUCCUGUGGUUGCUGCUGCUGCUCGUCCAGUUCCUGGUCGUCCUGCCGCUGCUCCCGGGCACCGCAGCCUCGAUGACACCUUCGGGCAGGAUCUCCAGAGCCAAAGGCUCGGCGCGUGAGCUCCUCUUCACGGAAAUGGGAGGGGGCGGUGCAGGGGGAGGGGGAGGGGGAGCAGGUGCCGCAGGAAGCGCCCCGGGAUUCGGUGGUGCCGGAGCAGGAGGAGUAGGAGGAGGCGGGGGAGCGGCCGGGAUCGAGUGCCCCAGCUUCGACAACACAGCCUGUCCGUGCUACAAGUUCGAGGAUGGACUAUUCCUUGAGUGUCCUGGCACAACGGCGAUAUCGCUGCGUUCGACCCUCGAGCGAAUCUCGGCGCCGAUCCACUCGCUCUCCAUUUACGACUUCGACCGCUCCGUGACGUCACUCUCGCAGGACGUCUUCCAGCCGGGCGUCCACAUCCGCCACCUGCAGUUCUCCCACUCGCACUUGGAGGCGCUAAAGGACAACAGUCUGCGGAACGUCCGCUCGAGCCUGGAGUCCCUCAGCAUUGUCAACGGCAAACUGACGCAGAUGCCCUCCCGCGCGUUAAGCGCAAUGCAGAAGCUGACGGCGCUGGACUUCGACUACAACGAGAUCGUGCGGGUGGAGGACUACAGCUUCUACGGCCUCAGGCUGUCCAAGCUGAACCUCAAGGGCAACCGGCUGCAGGGGAUGCCGGAGCACGCGUUCGCGGGACUGGAGGAGUGCAUGCAGGAGAUCGACGUCUCGGAGAACGGACUGCGCACCUUCCCGCUGAUGGCGCUCCGCAAGCUGGACCACCUGCGCAUCCUGCGACUGUCGAACAACCGGAUACCGACCUUCUACGGGGACAUCCAGCUGGCCACCAACAACGCCUCGGCGGCGGCAGCGGCGGCGGUGGCGUUCCAGCUGCCCUCGCUCAUCUUCCUCGACCUGAGCUCCAACCUCUUCGCCGAGAUCGGGGACGACUGCUUCCGGGCCUUUCCGCAGCUGAAGACGCUCUCCUUCUACGCCAACCAGAUCGAGCUCGUCCAGCCGGAGGCCUUCAAGAGCCUGCGGGAGCUGAUGUCCCUGGACAUGUCGCACAACAGGAUAGUGGCUCUGGAUCCGAAGGUCUUUGAGCGGAACAAGCGGCUGCAGACGGUGGACCUUAGCCACAACCACAUCCACGCCAUCGGAGGCGUCUUCUCGGAUCUUCCCCAGCUGCGCGAGGUCUUCCUCAGCGAGAACAACAUCCUGGAGCUUCCAGCGGACGCGUUCACCAACUCCACGAACGUGGACGUCAUCUACCUGGAGUCGAAUGCCAUCGCCCACGUGGAUCCGAAUGUUUUCAGCACGCUGGUCAACCUGGACCACCUCUACCUGCGCUCCAACUUCAUCCCCCUGCUGCCGGUGACCCUCUUCGACAAGAGCACCAGGCUAACCUCGCUGUCCCUGGACAACAACGAGAUCCAGGACUUGGAGAUCGGCAUGUUCCGAAAGCUGGAGCAUCUGCGCGAGGUGCGGCUGCACAACAACCGCAUCCGGCGGGUGAGGAAGGGGGUCUUUGAACCACUGCCCGCACUGCAGGAGCUGCACAUCCAGAAGAACAGCAUCGAGGACAUCGAGCCGCAGGCCUUCCACACCCUGGACAACAUGCAGCACAUCAACCUGCAGGACAACCAACUCACCGUGCUGGAGGACAUCUUCCCCGAGGACAACUCCUCGCUGCUCUCCGUCCAGCUGGAGGCGAACUACCUGCACAAGGUCCACCCGCGCACCUUCCGCCGCCAGCAGAAGGUGCAGAUCAUGUGGCUGAAGGACAACCAGCUGGCCAGGGUGGAGCGCUCCUUCUUCGCGGACACCCCCCAGCUGGGCAGGCUCUACCUGAGCGACAACCGGAUCCGCGACAUCGAGAAGGACACCUUCGUCAGCCUGCUGCAGCUGCAGUUCCUCGACUUGAGUGGCAACCAGCUGCGCCAGCUGAGGCGCGACUACUUCGCCCCACUCCAGGGCCUCGAGGAGCUCAGCCUGGCCCGCAACCACAUAGAGGCCAUCGAGGGGUACGCCUUCGCCAAGCUGAAGAACCUGAAGUCCCUGGACCUCUCCCACAAUCCACUGGUCCAACUGACCCGUGACGUCUUCCUGGACGAGCUGCCCCUGAACUCGCUGAGUUUGGCCAACUGCUCGCUGAGGAAGCUGGAGCAGAACGCCUUCAAGUCGCUGACCAACCUCAACGAACUUAAUCUGGAGAGGAACCAGCUGAACCCCGCGGACGUCCAGAAGCUGGACAUUCCGAACCUCAGGAGGUUGCAGCUGAACCACAACAACUUCAGCCACGUGGGCUCGGGUGGCAUCAUGGCGGGCAUGUUCGACAGACUGCGCUCCCUGCAACAGCUCUCGAUGGCCAACUGCAGCUUGGGUCAGGUUCCCGAUCUGCUCUUCGCCAAGAACACGAACCUGGUGAGACUGGACCUGUGCGACAAUAGGCUCUCGCAGAUCAACCGCAACAUCUUCAGCGGGCUGAACGUGUUCAAGGAGCUCAGGCUGUGCAGGAACCAGCUCUCCGAGUUCCCGCACAUCGCCCUCUACAACCUGAGCACCCUGGAGAGUCUGGACCUGGCCAGGAACCAGCUGGCCUCCAUAGACUUCUUCAAGCUGAGCGGCACUCUGAACCUGAGACAACUCGUCCUGAGGGACAACAAGAUUACCGCACUGAGCGGCUUCAACGCCGUGAACCUCACCCAGUUGGACAGCGUGGACCUGAGUGGCAACCUGCUGCUCUCCCUGCCGGCCAACUUCCUGCGCCACUCGAUCAACCUGCAGAGAGUGGACCUGUCCAGCAACCGGUUCCUGCAGAUUCCCUCCUCGGCUCUCUCGGACGUCUCCAUUCCCCGCUUGUCCUGGCUGAACCUCACUGGCAACCCCAUCAACAGGAUCUACACAGUCAAGGAGGAGCGGUACCCGUACCUCAAGGAGCUCUACAUCUGCCAGACGAACCUCUCCAUCCUCACCUCCAAGGACUUCGAGGCCUUCCAGGCCCUGCAGCACCUCCACCUGGUGAACAAUCGAAUCACACGGAUCUCGCCGGGCGCCUUCAAGUCGCUGACCAACUUGCUCACCCUGGACCUCAGUGUCAACGAGCUGGAGAUGCUGCCCAAGGAGCGCCUGCAGGGCCUUCGGCUGCUCCGCCUGCUCAACAUCUCUCACAAUACUUUGAAGGACCUCGAGGAGUUCAGUGCCGACCUCUCGGAGAUGCAAACCCUGGACCUCAGCUUCAAUCAGCUGGACCGCGUCUCCAAGAAGACCUUCAGGAACCUGCACGGCCUGCUGGAACUGCUGCUCAUGGGCAACCGGAUGACGGUCCUCUCGAACGACGCCUUCCGGUUUCUGAGGAAGCUGCACGUGCUGGACCUGCGCAAAAACUACUUUGAGCUGGUCCCACUGGACCCGCUGAAGCCCCUGGAAACCAAUUUGCGGACCCUCAGACUGGAAGAGAAUCCACUGCACUGCAGCUGCGACGCCCAGAAGCUGUGGGAAUGGCUGCGGGAUCAUCGCAAAUGGUCGCUGGCCACGGGCUCCGGCGCAGGAGGAGUUGGAGGAGGAGGAGGCGACUCCGGCAAUUACCUGAGGUGCGAACACCCCACGGAGCUGCGGGGCAAGGUGUUCGGCCGGAUGGAGCCGCAGCAGUUCUGCGACGCCCCGCUAAUACCCAAAAUGGCCAUCCAGGACAUCCAGCCGUACUCGGUGGUCGUGUCCUGGCAGAGUCGCGACCACCUCGGCCUCACCGGCUUCGAAAUUGUUUACCACGCCACCGGCGACGGGCUCGUUCCGGCCGGAUCUCAAGCGGACCGUGAGCGGGAGGGCCACGGGCAGCGGGGUCACGACCCCGACAGGUCACGCACUCGUGACCGGGAGCGAGAACGGGAGCGCGAGAGGGAGAGAGAGAGAGAACGGGAGCGCGAGAGGGAGCGAGACAGCGAGCGAUUCCCCAUCGCCACGGAUCAGAUCCACGGCAAGCGACUGAACGGAACGGCCAGCUCGACGAAGCUCACCAAGCUGAGCCCGAACACCCGCUACCACAUCUGCGUCAUCGGGAGCGGUAAUUGGCUCUCGGAGCAGCUGGCCAACGCGCUGCAGCGUCUCCACGCCAACGAGUCCCUGCGCGAGGAGGAGGCCCUGAUGAUGUCCGCUCCCCUGCCGGAGUCCUUCUCCCCCUAUCAGCACCAGCACCAUAGGAACUCCAACGGUAAUAGCAAUGCAGCCAUGGUCCAGGAGCAGAGUCCGGAGCAGGACAUGGACAACGCUGUUGGGGUGGACCACGCACUGCUGGAGGUGCUCAAGAACUCGCACAUCUCCGCCUGCACGGACGUCCAGACGCUCGACUCCACGCCCAGUCUGGUGACCGACGAGAACGGGCUGUCGAGCAACGGGUUCAUCCACUCGAUCCUCACCAGGCGACUCGGCUUGAUCGUGGGCUGCUGCCUGGGCAUCGUGGUGUUCAUCGUGAUGAUCUCGGUGCUGAGCUACGUGAAGCUGAAGAAGCAGCGCAUCGAGAACGCCAAGCGGCAGGCCGCUCUCCCGCCGGAGUACAUAUCCUACCGCCACUUCUCCAUUCCCAACGAGGAGCUCACCCGGACGGCGGCCAAUGCAGGAGCGGCGGCGGCGGCAGUGGCGGCGGCAGCGGCGGCGGCUGCGGCGGCAGCGAGCAAUGCGAACGAGGCUGGGGGCUCGCCGCACAUGUCCAGUGUGCCCAGCGGCAUCAGUGCCCACAUCAGUGGGACCAGCCUGAGCACCGGCGGCACGGGCACCGGCACCACCACCACCACGGCCACCACGCCCGUCGGCGGCGUUCCCAUCAACGGAGUGCCGCUGGGCAAGGCGGGCAGUCCCCUGGUGGGCGUGGGUGUGGGCGUUAUGGUGGCCGACAACCCAUUGGAGGGCGGCCACGCCCACCCGCACGCCCACAACCACAAUCACAGCCACGCCCACGGCCAUGCCCACCGGCAGAACAAUGGUUACAUGGCGGCGGGAGUGGUGCUCAAUACGAACCACUUGAGCGUGUGUUAGUCGCACCACCCCAAGGCCAAGUAAAUAAUUAGGCGUUGCUCUUUGCCCCACGGAAGUGAGCGGGGGCAAAGGGAGUUGCCACUGUGGGGGAGUUGCCACAGAGGGGGAGCUGCCACAGUGGGGGUGAACCACUGCAAGCACACUUUACGAUCCACAGUAGAUACUCUUGGGAGUCUUUUCCAAAGUAAACACGUUUCAAUGACUUCCACAUUCAGCUUAUAAAACGUCCCCAAAUGCGACUCUUUUCGAAAUUCCACACGUUUUCAAAGCAGUUUUUAAUGAGUAGUUAUUCACGUUCGAGUUUUGUAUUACUUACAGAAGACCAUAAAUAUUUCACUUGGUUAAGAUUUGGGGAUUCCCCAUUGUUAAGCUUAAAAACAAAUCCACAUUUUAUUUGGCCACACUGUUCUCUACAAAAAUAGUAUUAUUUUGAUUAAUGUAAUAAUUAUAAUAAAGUUCCAAACGUGUAGAAUGUAUUUACUUCGAUUAACGAUAGAAAUCACUAAUGUUCCCCGCAAAUGCAUCGUUAACAUCCUGCUCAUCUGCGAAUUCGCAGAAAACUCAUUUGGCCAACUCAUUUAAGAAUAGGUGAGUUUCAAGCGGAUCUACCGCAUUUGUCGACUCAAUUUUAGGCACUCAACAAUAAAAUCCGCUUUUAAUAACUAAAUGGAUAGCGUGAUUUAUUGGAAUUCCAUGUGAAUUGUGUGAGUUCAUCCACUUCAGCACACCCUGCCUCCCUCAGAGCAAAUCAGCAAUCCAUAGAAAAAAAAAAAACUUAAAAAAAAAGUCUCAUAUUUCAUAUUUCAAAUGGAGUCAAAACUUUUACCAAUCAAGGCAAAUGCAAAAGCAUUUUUAUGUUUUCAAUGUGCCCAAAAUGCAUUUAAUUUACGACGGGAGAGCCAAAUCCGAAACCCCGAAACAAAAACGAAAAAACCAAAAACCAAAAACUAAAAACGGAAUGAUGAAUAUAGAAAGGAGAGAGGAAAUCUAGGUUAGUGAUAAUCACGAUGAUGCGUUUAACGUUCGUUUAGUUAUGACAAUUGAAAUAGAACACUAUGCGAAAUCAAAAGCGGAAGGCAUCGCGGAAUUUUCAAUGUAAAUAAAGUGGAAUCAAAGCGAAAUCACAGCCGUACAUGUUGCAUCUUAAUCAAAUAAAGCUCCAUAAAAAGCUAUCUAUAAGAACUACACACACACACAGAAAUAUAUUAUAUAUAACUAUAAUGAAAGGCACACACACACACACACACGAAAUAUUUUUUUUGAGCUAGACUUAGUAAAUGGAUAAUGUACGAGUAUGAGAGGAUUUUUGUGUUUUUUUUUUAGACCGAACGCUGAGGAAUCAGAGAUAAAUUAGUUAUAUACGAGUAAAACGAGAUGCGAGCGACGAGACAUAUUACCAUAAAUAACUAACUAAUUAAAUAACGGUAAAACAAUAAAAUUAACUAGUCUAAGCGCAGGCCCCAAAGUAUGCAUUAUUGUUAGCAAAACUCCAAGAGUUUCAUAUACGUAUAUAUUCAAAUAUGUAUACAAUUUUUUUUCUCAUAGUUAACUGUAUGAGUAUGGUUUUCCUAUUUUUCGGUUCGGAAUAUAUUAAGCUUUAGUCGAGGAAUACACAUAACGAUUUACUUUAGCGAAUAAACACAGUAUGCAUUGCGAGAAAACCCAGAUGCAGGACAGAAAGCUAAAUAAUAAUUAUAAUAGAAUGGCUAAAGAAUUUCUAGAAAAUUAAGUAAGCAGCAGAAGGAACUCAAGAAAGGACUCAAAGGAUAUUUAAGGAGUUCUGCCCCCGAACCGCCCUUUUCCCCGGGCUGCUCAAAUAUUUUAAUCUUGUUAUAUGCAAAACAAAAGAACUACGCAUGCAGCAACUUAGGAAGCAAACAAUAAGAACGACUCGAGAUGUAAGAAGGCAGUAAGAAUGAAAAUCAAAAUGGAAAAAUCGAACUUGAGGCAACAUUAAAUAAAGACAAGAAACCCAAAGCCAGAGGAAACAAAUUAAACAUAGCUUUGUUAUGCUCUACGGAAAACAAGGAAAAAUUAUGCAUCCGCUGCCAUGCCAAAACCCUUCUAUUUAAUUCUAGUUCAAUUGUAGGGCAUAAAAAGCAUAAAUACAAAAACCCGCAUACACAGCAGAGGUAAACAUUAAACCAACAUUCAGCAAACAUACAAUAAAUGUAAUAAAUUAAAACCCAAAAACCAAAAUAUUGUAUGGCAAGCAACACAAAGUAAAAUAUGAAUAAAUGACAAGAAACUUUCAAACAAA